GUUUCUAAAGAAAUGGCUGAUUUUGAUCAGCCAGGCUAUCCAAUCGAAAGUGAAGAGUUUGACAGCAUACUGCUGGCUGAAAUAGACAUGGCACCUUGUUCCAUGGAGCCCCCGAAAGAGAAACCUCCUCCACCACCAGUUGAAUCUGAGCUCUCUGAUGAUGAUGUCAAAGAAGAACCAGCUGUAAAGUUGAGGGGUGAUACUUCUAAAAAUGUCAAGAAAGAACUGUUAAAGAGAAGGUCAGACUUUUUAGGGAUCAAUUUGCCAGACGAUGAUGAAUCUGAACCAGAUGAACAGGUUAUCCAACCACCACCUGCUAUCGAAGAACUACUGGUAUCUGAACGAGAAUUACAACGACAGCAACGCUUACAACUGCAGUCAGACUUGCUGCUUAAAAAUCAAGGAUCUGAAGAGACUGAAAGCUUGUUAAGUAUACAGAGAUCAAAGAGCCAAACAGAACUUGAUACUAGAAACUUGCCACAGCAUCAAAGACAGUAUAGUUACCCUGACGAUCAAAGUUUGGAAGAAGAUGAGGAAAUUGCACGAAAAGAAAGAGAAAUUAUUGAAAAUCUAGAACGAGAAGAGAGGAAUCAACAAGAAAUAGACAGAGAUGAGCAAGAGCUGAGUAUUGCUGACCAACCAAUUUGUGUAAUGGAAGAAGAUGAGAGAAUUCGAAGACUUCAGGAAGAAAGGAGAAGAAUGUCAGAAGAACGAACGAGGAGGGAGGAGCAGCGGAUAAGAUUGGAAGAAGAGAGUCAGUUCUCUGACAAAAAAGAGUGUUCUCGACAGGCAAUGUUUGAAGAUGAUAGUAAAUCAGUUAAUCCAACUGACGACCCAGUUUUUCAAUCAGAACAUAGUUAUCAGUUUGUCCAGCCUCAGUGGAAAGGCGAUCUUAGAACAACAGUCCCUUCUAAUGUAUCCUCAACUACUACUUACCAGAAAAUUUGGUCCCAGAGAGACAACAGAGAACCUUCUGUUAGGGAUAAUUACGUGUCCCAUAGCCCAACAGAAGAUAAUGUUUGGGCUAGAGGAGAGAUGAUCCGGGCAAGUCGCAAGCCUCAGGGAUUGGACCACCAGCCUUUUGGAGAAACUUUGAAUGUUAAUGGACGGGAGACCGUUACUG